AAUAUCCAUAUCCAUAUCCGUAGGUAGUCAUCGGAAAACGAUGUCGGUGAACUGCAGUAUGGUUUGAAAUCGACGGGACACGAGCAGCAAUAAACGUCCAGAGGAUUUCGGCAAAAUGCAAUCGUUACGCGUCAUCGGUGUUCUGAUGGUUUUCGUUUGUUCACUGCGCUCCGGUCGGUCAAAAACCGCGAACACAGUCGAAGAAAUGUUAGCCGCGACGCUUGAAGGCUAUGAUCCAGUAGUCCUGCAGCAGAUGUUGGACGAAACAGAGGACAAUAGUAACACAAAGUGUCAUCACAUAUCGUUUUGGCUGUACACCAAAGCGCACAACCACACGGGCCUGGAACUGGUGGUCGGCGACCCGGGAACGUUGACGUCGUCCGAUUUCGACGGGAGCAAGCCGACCAAAAUCCUCAUACACGGUUGGCUGGGUGACGCCGUCGACUACGAGAGCGUGUGCAUGAUGCUGAAAGCCGAAUAUUUGGAGUCCGGCAAUUACAACGUGGUGUGCGUCGACUGGGCCGUGUUGGCCAUAGACUUACCGUACAUCACGGCUCGUUUACGGUGCAGGAUAAUCGGGAACUGCGUUGCCGACCUGGUAUCGAUGUUGGUCGAUAAUUCGGCUCAGACCGUCGACGAUAUUCACAUCAUUGGUUUCAGUAUGGGUGCUCAUAUUGCCGGAUACGUUGGCAAACGGUUCGACGGCCGACUGCAAAGGAUUACUGGUUUGGAUCCCGCAAGGCCUUUGUUCUUCAGUAGAAUGCCGAGUGAAAGGCUGAAUGAAAACGACGCGACAUUUGUAGACGUAGUGCACACAACGAGUUUCCUACUGGGCGAGCACAAACCGAUAGGCAAAAUUGAUUUUUAUCCCAACGGUGGUUACACGAGACAACCUGGCUGUAGAGGAAUAUACUUUUUCGGAGAGGUCUGUAGUCAUUAUAAGUCCUACGAAUAUUACGCUCGGUCUAUUCAGUCCGAGGGCGACGAGUCGUUCAAAGCAGUGCGGUGCGAACAAUGGGAGGACUACAAGAAGUCUACAUGUAAAGAUUACGAUGAUUUUACUUACAUGGGCGAGUACGCGAGUUCAAAUUUUUCAGGUAAUUAUUAUUUAGCGAUUAAAUAAGAUCAGAGUCAUAGCAUCAAUAAUUAACGAAAAUAUUAAUUAAGAAUACCUAUUGAUUGUGAACUUGUCUGUUUAUCAAUUUAAUUAUUUUCUAACUAUAACCAGUUCAGCAUUUAUAGUUAAAAUAUUUGUGUAACUUUUUAUU